AUAUAUAAGCAGAAAGGCUUUGAAAAGUAUCCAGUAUUCACAUCGCUUCGCAAUGUUGAAGAUAUUUGUUCUAUUAGCGGCGUUGAUCGCGGUCGAAGCUGUGGCACCUCACGGUCACGGGCACGAAGAAAAAGACUACUAUGUAGAACCUCAUUACAGUUAUGAGUAUGAAGUUAAAGAUCCCCAUACUGGAGAUUUCAAGACGCACAAGGAGGUACGCAAAGGCAAGCACACCGAAGGAGUUUAUAGUCUUCACGAGCCUGAUGGAUCGCAGAGGACUGUCGAGUACCUCGUUGAAGGGAAAUCUGGUUUUGUAACCAAACAGCAUAGAGAAACUAAACAUAGCUACGGAGGAAAUCACGGAGGAUACGGAAGUGGCGGCAACGGUGGUCACGGAGGGUACGGUGGAGGAGAAGCUUCUUCUCAUGCUAGUUUUGAAUUAAGCCACGGUGGAAAAGGAUUUGGUUCCGGAAGUUCCGGCAACGGAUUCGAACACGGACUCAAAUAUGGUGGCCAACAGUCUGGUCAAUCUGAUAGCGGUGGAUAUGGACACGAAUUCGGAGGCUCUAACGGAGGUUCGCCUCAUUCUUAUUUCCAGUUUGGAAAUGACGGUGAAGGUUUUAAAUCAGAGGGUGGAUCACUCUUCGGUGGUUACAAACAAAACGCAGGAGGAUCUCUUGGAUAUGGUAGUGGCGGCAACGGUGGAAAAGCAAGCUUCGGGUUUCACAGCAGUGGAGGUGCUGAGUCUGGAUUCGGAGGAGGAAGUAAAUUUGGCGGUUAUGCUCAAUUCGGUGAAGGGUCUGGAUAUAAGUCAAGCGGUUCCCAAUCGGGAGGCUUUAAUGUAGGUCAAGGAAAACUAUCUGGUAAAUACGCUGGAUUGUACCACCGUCAGGCUGCUAACAAAGGAGUUCAGAACAAUGGCGGUGAUUCCCAAGUCUCCUACCAUUCAUCUCCGCUUCAUUAUGGCAAAUAUUCUUUGGGCUUCAAUCUUCAAGAACAGUCUGGUCAUGGAGGACAACAAUCGGGAUAUGGUCUUGGACAAUCCGGAUUCCACGGUCUUCAACAAUCUGGUCAUGGGCUUGAGCAGUCCGGAUAUCACGGACUCGAACAGUCUGGACAAGCUCUUGGACACUCAGGAUUCCACGGACUUCAACAGUCCGGACACGUCCUAGGAUAUGGUCAUCAACUCUCCGGAUUUAACGGUCAGCAACAGUCUGGACAUGGUCUUGGCGAGUCAGGGUUCUACGGUCUCCAACAGGGCGGUCAUGGGCUUGGACUCUCCGGAUACCACGGACUCGAACAGUCUGGUCACAGUCUCGGCGAGUCAGGGUUCCACGGACUCCAACAAUCCGGACACGUCCUAGGAUAUGGUCAUCAACUCUCCGGAUUUAACGGACAGCAACAAUCUGGAUAUGGUCAUCAACUCUCCGGAUUUGGCGGACAACAACAAUCUGGAUACGGUCAUGAACUCUCCGGAUUUAACGGACACCAACAAUCUGGCUAUGGAGGCAAUCAGGCAGGCAAAGGGCAAUCUGGUGUCGGACAAUCCGGAUACCACGGACACGGGCAGUCUGGAUAUGGACAACAGGGUUCAGGAGGCCAUGGCAGUGCCAGAUCAUACGCCUACUUCAAACAAUUGCCUAAUUCCGGCAAGGGACCAUCCCCAGCUUAUGCGAAAAAAGUCCAUAAACAUGAAUACUAAGUCACUGACAAGUCUGAUGUAAUUUUUAAUUUCUGUACAGUUUUAUAAAUACAG